CCUCCUCCUCACUCUCUCUAUCUCUCUCUACACUUCUCUCUCUCUCUCUCUUUCUCUUUCUCAACACUCGUGAGAAAAAUGACGAACCAGAAUGUCAUCGUCUCCGACAGAAAAACCAUCUUGGGUUUGAAAACCGUCACUGUCUCUGUCUCUGACUCUGCUCUGUUCUCUUCACCUCCCGCUUACUUUUCCUUCCCUCGUCGAAAAUUCUUGAAACUCCUCGAAGCAGCCGACAACAAGAACACUCUUGGUGCUGGAAAGAUUGCAUCUUGGGUCGAUUCCAUGCGUGAUUCUUCCCCUACACGUCUCAGAUCCUCUUCUCAUGACUCUGUCUCAGAUCACGACGAUCAAACUUCUUGGAUCGUUCGGUUUCCUUCGGCAUUAAACAUGUUUGAUGAGAUUGUGAAUGCUGCAAAAGGGAAACAGAUUGUUAUGUUUCUUGAUUACGAUGGGACUCUUUCUCCCAUAGUUGAAGAUCCCGACAAAGCUUACAUAACCCAUGAGAUGCGAGAAGUUGUAAAAGACGUGGCUUUAAACUUCCCGACUGCUAUAGUCACCGGAAGAUCCAUAGAUAAGGUUCGUAGUUUUGUUAAACUCAACGAGAUUUACUACGCUGGAAGCCACGGCAUGGACAUUGAAGGUCCGACAAACGAAAGUAAUUGCGGCGAGAGUAAUCAAGGAUUAUUGUUUCAGCCUGCUCGUGAAUUUGUACCGAUGAUCGAGAAGAGAUGGGCUGCAUUGGCCGAACAAGUAAAAUCAGUUCUAAUUGACUAUCCAGAGCUGAAACUAACCCACGGUAGAAAGGUUUUACGUGAAAGGGGACAAGGUUUUGGAAUUCUUGUCUCAAAAGUUGCAAAGGAGACCAAUGCCUCUUAUUCUCUGCAAGACCCUUCACAGGUUAAUGAGUAUCUGAAGCGUUUGGUAGAGUGGAAGAGGAAGACAGUGGGAAAAAAGUGAAACACGUACAACAUAAAUAACACCUGAGUUUAUUUCCAAAUUUUGAGGAGUUAUUAAGUACCGAUAAAUAUAAUUAAACACCCUUUCAAGAAAAUUAGUAGAUGGCUAGAGGGUGUUUCGCCAGAUGUAUUUAUAUUUUUUCUUCAUCGACCCGAAAAUUGUAAAUUUCGUGUAACGAUUUAGAAAAGAAAUUACUGAUAUAUAUAACUCAUUCUCAUUUUAACCUUAAACCAAAAAAAAACUCAUUCUC